AACGUCCAGAACAUCAAAACAACCUCCUUUGUCUGAAUCCCCCUGCCUUUCCUCGUACCACAACCCCCUCAAAUCAGAAGAGUCAUUUGCUCGUGGUUUCACGCGUCGGCAGAAUCACCAGACCCUGUCCGCCGCACGCUUCAGCUGCCUUUCAACAGUCGCCCGAUCGACUUCUCCGCACGUUUAAGCGACUGUCCGCCGACCCGCUUUCUUGUUCCAUCCCAAGAGAAUUUAUCUCUUUCUUUCACCGCAAUCUUCCACACAACAACCCCCUCGACACACGCAAAAAUGGGCAAAGGUCUACGAUCAAGUGUCAACAAGACGAACAACAGAAAGCUCAAGAAAAAUGUCUUCGGCCCCGUCGAGACUGCCCGCACCGAGCGUCUUUCGCAAAAGCUCAUGGAGUUAGCCUCGCAACCAAAGCCCCCGAAAUCCGAGAUGGAGGUCGAGGAAUCUGGUGACUCAAAGCAGGCCGAGUCGGAGGCGAAGGCUGCCAACGCAAAUGGUGCGUUAAAUGCUCUUGCAAUCCCGGUGCCCAAGUCGCUCGCCCACCAAUGUCCCGCUACUGCUGCUGCCUCGAUGAACAUGCUCACUCCUCCGCCCACCCCUCCGCUUGACAUAUCCGACUUCAGCAAACCCUCGAUCAGAUCUGCCCAUAGGCAUUACGCCGAUGAACAGCUCUUCUUCCACCUCCUGGGUGUAUCCACCGACAUCCACGGCUUCGACACUUUUGGCAACAUCUGUUUAGGUUUCGGAUCCGAUUCUGAGAGUGACAAUGAAAGCAGCAGCAGUAGCAGCAGCGUUGGCAGCGGCUAUGAGUGAGCCAGUUGACUGUCUGAACGAGGCUAACCCGCCUUUUUCAUCAUCAGACACCGCAAUGGACGUCGACUUGACCAACGAACCCAGAUCGAGCUGGAUCAAGGCCGAGAAGAGAGCCAAGGAAGACAAGCGCAACCGCAUCGCCAAGAAGCAAAAGCGCAAGGUCAUCAACC